AUGGCUUUCCAAGUGAGACAGCCCAAGAAUCGAGAACUUCUCGGCGGAGACCUUCUCGCUCAGUCUCUAGCUCAUCUGGGCGCGACAACUGCAUUCGGUAUCCAUGACAGCUUCCUCAUCGCCGCCGUUGAAGCCGACAUCAAGCUCAUAGACGUGCGGCACGAGACCGUCGCCGUCCAAGCCGCCGAAGGCUGGGCCAAGGUCAAGGGCAACGAUGCUCCUGGCGUAUGCUUCAUCACGGCUAACUCUGGCUUCUGCAACGGCCUGCCCGGUCUUAGCACCGCCUUUGCGGACCGCUCCCCGGUGUUCUGCAUCACGAGCUCGCCGCCAUUGCGCGACGCGGAGACGAACACCCUUCAGGGCUUUCACGACCAGGUCGUCCUGGCGAAGCCCGUGACGAAGUUUGCGCAUAGGGUUACUAACGGCAGCGAAAUCCCGCGCAUCGUGAGCUUGGCUUGGAGAGCGACGACGGCGGGGGCGCCUGGGCCGGUACUCGUGGAUUUCCCUAUUGAUGUACUCUUCACGCCGGUAGAGAUCGGCAGCGUGGCUUGGGGGUCUAUCACGGCUCCGCCGGUAUCGCUUCCCGCCCCUAAUGCCGGCGCGGUCGAGCAGGCGAUGAGACUCUGGGGAGAGGCAAAGCGCCCCGUGAUUCUAGUCUCGACCGGUGCAGCGAGGGCCGCGGACGAGGUAGUGAAGCUUGCGGAAGCGACGAAUACUCCGAUCUUCCACUCGCCCAAGUUCUCUACGACCAUCAAGCGCUCGCAUCCUCUCUUCGGCGGUGUGGCGACUCGGCUUCCGUUCUUGCGAGCUCAGGGCCCGGCUCCGGAUUUUGUUCUUCUGCUGGGGGCCAGGACUGGCUUCUUGGUAGGCGGUAGGAGCGGUGCGAUUGUGCCGAACGAGAGUGAAGCCAAGGUUGUGCAGGUUGACCUGGACGGGAGCGAGAUUGGGCGCUCGAGAAAGAUCGAUGUCGGUAUCGUAUCGGAUGUCGGGCUUGCAGCUCAGGCUCUCACAGCUGCGGCAUCCAAG